UUGUGAUUGUGGGACAUCCAUGACAGCAGCUGAAGAGUCUUUGGGUUUUGGACUUUCUGGAGACGUCACUUUGGAGCUCUUUGGAGCUCUGGACAUCCGUGACUGCAUUUUUCACAUUUUCUUGACACGUAAUUAAUCAGUUAUAAUCAGUUUUUCAUGGACAUAAUUGGCAGCCGCAGCCCUUCAGUCGUGCUGGCGCGGCUCAUGACGUUGGUCCUGCGCCGUCGGCAGCUGCUCCUCUGAAGAAAAGGCAAAGCGAUCCGGUUGUGUUGUGUUAAACUUUAUAACAACAGGUUUGCAAAGUGUUCCUGAGCCCGUGCGGUCGCAUCACCUGAGUAGGUGUACUCGGGUCACGAUGUGACCUGCCCAGCAUCACGCUGACCUGCAGGCAGAGGAGGAACCACCUGCAAGAGCUGAACCGAGUCGCCCUCGUGGAGGGACUGAAGGGUGGAGCACCGAACGGAGCGCGAGCGCGAGCGCGGCCACGAACUCGUGUGGUCAAAUCGCUGCAGCACAAAGUCGACCUUUACUUAUUUAGAAAAUAUUUCUGUGCAAGGGAAGUCAUGGUGUCAGUUCACAAGCAGUGUGAAUAAGCAAAGAGAAGUGAGACCGCUAUCUGGAGUCACAUUUUAAAGGCCCGCCACAAGCACAGCGGGGAGCUGGCAGCCAUCAAGGUCAUCAAGAUGGAGCCAGAGGACGAUUUUUCUAUCAUCCAGCAGGAAAUCGUCAUCGUGAAGAGCUGCAAACAUCCCAACAUCGUGGCGUAUUACGGCAGCUACAUCCGGGCUAAUAAGCUGUGGAUCUGUAUGGAGUUCUGUGGAGGAGGCUCUCUGCAGGAUAUCUACCACGUGACUGGUCCUCUGUCUGAGCCACAGAUCGCCUACAUCUGCAGGGAGAUGCUCCAGGGCCUGGACUACCUGCAUGCACAGAAGAAAAUCCACAGAGACAUCAAGGGUGCCAACAUCCUCCUCAAUGACCAGGGCGAAGUCAAGUUGGCUGACUUUGGCAUCUCAGCUCAGAUCACCGCCACCCUGGCUCGGCGCAUGUCCUUCAUCGGGACGCCAUAUUGGAUGGCGCCAGAGGUGGCAGCAGUGGAGAUUAAAGGUGGCUACAAUGAACUCUGUGACAUCUGGUCUGUUGGCAUCACAGCCAUAGAGCUGGCAGAGCUGCAGCCACCGAUGUUUGAUGUCCACCCACUGAGGGUCCUGUUUCUCAUGUCCAAGAGCGGCUACCAGCCUCCUAAACUGAAGGACAAGUCGAAAUGGUCCUCCGUGUUCUAUAACUUUGUAAAGGCCAUGUUGGUGAGGAACCCGAAGAAGAGACCGAGCGCCGCCAAGAUGCUCUCGCACAUGUUUGUGACUCAGGGGUGUCUAAACCAGGACCUGACCCUGGAUCUGCUGGAGAAAUAUCGAAACCCUGAGAAACUGAAGGCCUGCAUGGUGACAGAGGACGACGAGAUGGAAGUGGGGGUUCCUCUGAAGAGGAUCCAGUCCAUCAACAAACACAACCGGGCAGAGAGGACAAACUCGGACAUAAACUCGGAGCAGAUCUACACUCGCAGGCCUAUGAGGAGAGAAUCACCAAAUGCAACGUUAACGGCUUCGAUGGGUUCAACCGGCAGCAGCAAGAGUCCACUGAGGGAUCAGGACACGGACUCGGACGAUGACUACGAUGAUGUGGAUAUCCCUGUGAUGCAGGACACCAGCCUCACCCUGCCAGCUGACGACAUCCCACCUCCUCUUCCUCCAAAGCCCAAAGCGCGGACCAGCUCGGAGGAAAGCAUGGCGUGGGAGGAUGAUCGGGUGAGGAAGAACAGCUCUCUGUACGCCCCCUCCCCCCUCAUGAGGACCUCCAGUGGGACGCACGUCCGGCCUACGCCCCAACCACGAACCUCACGACACUCAGACCCUGCGUCCCACAAUAUCCAGAUGAACAACAACCCUGCAGACCUCCUUCCUCCUGAGCUUCCCCCUAAAGGCGUUCGCAGACGGCAACCCCCAUCAAAGGACCCCGCCGAGUGUUUCAGCCCCGUCAUGAAGAAACCUCCUGUCUACUUUAAAAAGAUCUUCCAUGGCUGCCCUCUUAAAAUAAACUGCUCCACCACCUGGGAAAACCCAGCGACCAAAGACCAGCAUCUGAUCCUGGGAGCCGAGGAGGGAAUCUACACCCUGAACCUCAGCAGCAGCCUGAACAGCUCAGAGACCACCAUGGAGCUGUUGUAUCCCGGGAAGUGCACCUGGGUGUACAGCAUUAACAACGUCCUCAUGUCUGUAUCAGGUAAAUCGUUGCAGCUUCACUCCCAUUUGCUGAAGGAGUUGUAUGAACAGGCCCAGAAGGACCAGAGGAUGGUGGCCCUGCCGACUCACAGACUGUUACCACGGAAAUGUGCAGUGACCUGUAAAAUACCCGAUACUAAAGGCUGCAAGUCCUGCUCAGUUGCAGGUAGCGUGCAGAGAGGCUGUGUGUUCCUGUGCUGCGGUCUGGAGUCCAGUGUGGUGCUGCUGCAGUGGUACGAGCCCAUGCACAAGUUCAUGCUCAUCAAGCAUUUUGACUUCCCGUUGCCAAACCCUGUGCGGGUGUUUGAGAUGGUGGUGGUGCCCCAGCAGGAGUACCCGCUGGUGUGUAUCGGUGUCUCUCGGGGGUCCAGCCCCAACCUGCCGGUCCACAUAGACUACAUCAACCUCAACUCCAACACAUCCUGGUUCACCAACUCUGGCCUGGAGAAACCUUGCUCAGAUGUAGUUCAAGUAAACCAGCUGGACAACACGUCACUGCUCGUCCUCAUAGAAAAGUCAGUAUAUAUAGUCGGUCUGGACGGCGAGUUGAAGAGCAGCAGGCCUCCGCCACACGACACCACCUUUUCUCACGAGGUUGAGUCUAUAGUGUACUUUGAGGACACGCUGCUGGCAGUGUGGCGUCACGGCUGGCAGAGGAAAAGAUACGGUUUCAACGAGGUGCUGGAGGAAACCACCGACGCCAGGAAGAUCUACAGACUGGUGCAGUCUGACAGGAUGGUUGUCUUGGAGACGCAUCAGAUCGAGGACCAGUCGGGCCUGUCCACCCUUUAUGUCCUGGAAGUUGCCGAGAACUACGUGAUGCUGCCCUGACGCUCCUGUCUGCUGGCGUCACGGGGAACUCCAAAGCCCACUUCGAUAUGAGCGCCUCCCGGGACUUUCAUCUGUCAUUAUUAACUCUGACCAACAUGGAUGUAUCACUGCCACAGCAUUUCUUAAUCCUGGGGAUCCUGCUCUUAAUUUAUGCUAAUGUCAGCUUGGUUUGUGAGAUCCAGAGCAGAAUCUCCAGAAUCCACACAGCUGAGAAAACCCUAACUGAACCCUAACCUCCUCUGACAGUGAAGUGGAGGACCUGCUUUCUUCUGCCACAGUUUUCAUCAGAUCGAAGCGGUCGCCGCCUGCAGAGACUGAAACAUAUGGCUUCCCGGAGCUGCCACGUACACGCAUAAAGGACUGGAGCAUAGCAACACUGCUGCUCACGCUGUGUGUUUUGUUACCAAAGUUUGUAUGAAAAAUACACACUUCUUACUGCCGUUACACUGUAAUAAAGAUAAUUACCACAAGA